AUGAGCCGAUCAGUAUCGUUCGCGGUACUCGCACUUGCCAGUGUCUCAUAUGCUCAACUAGGAGGUAUCCUCGGGUUGUCCGACUCAUGUAACAAGGCAAUGGGACAAAUGGCCAUUGGCCCAGCAGGAAACUGUCUCAACACAAUUGGCCUUAUUAACGUAUUGACUACGCCAAGUGGACAAAGCUGGGUUGGACCAUUUGACAAUUAUCUGAGCACGACUUGUAGCCAACCUGCGUGUCCAGCCGAAAUUCUCUCGAUGACCAUCGCGAGUCUGAAGGAAGGGUGCGCAACGGAUCUUGCCGAAAAAGGCUGGAGUACCGAUGACCUUGAGAGUAUUCUGGGACAAGGUGCCAAGUAUUAUCCUUCUAUUCGCGAGGUACUAUGUCUCCGAAGUACCGGAGCGGGGCAGAAUUUGUGCAUCACCACGACUCUCACUGAAAUUCAGGACAUGAUGGGAGCACCACUGAAUAUUGGCACCUUGGUUGCAAAGACUCCACAGGCGCUCAAUAGCCACUCGCUCGAUAUCCCCAAAAACAUUUCUUGUACCCCAUGUACUCAAGGAGCGUACACAAUCGCUCGCCCUAACCUCCCCUCAUCGGACUCGGUUAAAGCAUGGGACAACUUCUGGAUCAACCAGUGUGGUGAACAGUUCAUUAGCGGAACUUUGCCCGCCAGCGUGGCUCAGACUGCCAACGGGACAACCGCAACCACUACUCCCGAACCAUCAUCCAACAACACCCCACUUAGGCUCAACCUUCCGUCCUUGUCCGCAGUUUCUGCUUCCUUGGUCGUAGCCGUCUUCUCGGCUGUCAGGGUCCUCCAAGCAUGA